AUGAGAGGGAGAAAGGUGGACCAUGUGGCGUGCGUAUAUUGUCGCCAAAUGAAGCGAGCGUGCGAUCGGUACGAUAAGCUUCCUGCUCUGUGUUCAAGAUGCUCCAAGGCAAACAAAGUGUGCUCAAUCGACCCGUCUUUUCGGCGGCAAAAAAAGCGACAGAAGCUAGCCGAAAUCGAACAAGAGCUGCAGCAACUCAAGAACCAGUUGCAAAGUCACGACCAGCGAUGUCAGAGUCAGAGUAGGGUUAACAAUGUCAUGAGCACUCGCUCAUGUCUUCGUAUAAACGAAGAAACCGAGAGGAUUGACCUUUCCUCGAUGGACAAAACCAUAGGGAGCGUCUCCAUACCACAAGCAGUGGUCCAGACCCUGUUGGACGAAUAUUAUGCCAAUUACCACAUGUUCCUCCCCAUUCUUCCUGGUCAAGCAGGCUUCCAUGCCUACACUCAUUCUUCUGAUCUCCUUUACUCAGUGGUGAUGUUGACUGCUCUUAGACGAUUGUCAAAGCAUUAUGACCUCUACCUGUCACUUGUUGAUGUGGUGCGAUCGCUGUUGGCGAGUCAUUUGCUGUCGGCAAGUGGUACCAUUCAGACCAUGCAAGCACUAUUAUUACUCUGUCACUGGCCACUUCCAUUCGACAGAAAUGAAGAUCCAUCGCAUGCCCUCAUUGCACAGGCUACUCAUCUUGGACUUCGCCUAGGCCUUCAUAGACCGGGUCAUGGAAGAGAAUUCCUGGCUGAUCCGUCCACUGUGGAAAAUGUGGAACAUAUACGGCAAAUGACAUGGGUAGCGUGCUUUGUUUCGAAUAUCAGUGUCAGUGCUCAGCUGGGACUUCCGGCCACAGUCCAGCUCGAUGACGGUCUCCUGGAGAUACUGGCCUCGAAGGGCCCCUGCCUUCGGGAAACCCUGCUCUGUCAAUUGCAGAUAGCCUCAGUCGCCUCGCGGAUUAGCUCAGCCCUUGGGGGCCCUAAAUGGACCACCGGGUGUCCGACCCAUGAGUAUAAUCUAAUGGUUCGCCAUUUUGAGACAGACCUGCGCGUGCUAGAGAUUCAAUAUGCUGCUUCCUGGUCCUUGGCAGAUCACAUUGUAUACCUCGGCACUCAGCUCAUGCUUUAUAUCAUUGCCCUCAGUGCGGACGAAGGUAGACAAGCCAACUCACCGUCCUCCUGGGUGGUUUGCGGUUAUAGCACGGCGAUUUGCCUGGUUCAGAAGGCUUCUGCAAUGGAAAGCAAAUGGCUGUUUGCGCCCGUCCGCCUUCAUAAGAUUGUUUUGAACGCGAUCUGCUUUCUCUUACUAUUAAAGCGGUUCCCAUACUGGGAGUCUCUUGAGUUUGAUCUGCUUCUACUUAACAACACAAUCAACCAGGGGCUUGAGUUAUUACCAGGGUUGUCAGUAACUCCAGGAGACUUUAUGUCUCGUGCAUUGUCAUUGCUCGACCAGUUCAGCCAACUUGUUGACAAGUUUCAAUCUCGAGACAUGCCGAAUGAAUUCUUGCCGGUGAAGUUCAGAAUGGGGGCUAAUGUAGCUUUCAGCACGGCAGUUCGAGCCAGGGAACUGAUACAAAAGCAACAGGAUCAUCAAGGGUGUUUGGAUAUGGUUGAUCUGCGAGUCAUGCAGGACGUUGAUCAGCUUUUGGACUUGGACUGGAGUGAAUUGUUUGGAACAGGAAUCGGUGCCUAA